CACUUUUUCAAGCUUUCUUCUUGCUUUUGUCUGGUACUCCAAAUUUAUCAUAUCAAGAAUGGCAGCUAACACAGUUACAGCAUUUGUCAAACGUCGUUUCAGCGAGGAUGAUGAGCAUGACAGAGAGGAGUGGCCCACUUACAAACGCUUCAACGACAACGCAUUGUCAACGGCUCAGCCAAACAUGUUACAAAAGCAGCAGGACGCUUUGAUGCCAUCCAUAACUUAUGCUUCCCCUGACUACCGACCACCCGUAACGCUCAAUCCACUGUGGCUUCAACCUUCACCGCACCAACCACCACAGCAAGUAGCACAGCGACAGCAACCAAGACAGCCAAGACAGCCUCGUAGUGGCGGCGGCGCCAUGAUGGUAGAUGAAACAGACUCGACGGACGAAGACGACCUCACAACGCUCGUUCAGACACCAUCGUCGGUUCUCGACGAGGGCACCAAGGGCUCGCUUGAAAGUGGCUGGAUCAAUGGGCCGCUUGACCAGUGGCAUCAUGCUUCCUGAACGCAACGUUUCUUUCCUUUGCAUGUGUUUCCUUCUGUUGUUGUCUUUCUUCUUCAUUUUUUUUCUGUAAAUAAUACAACAUGACAAAUUUUAGCAGUACAGUAGCCACAGGUCUAAACGAUCUUUAUAAGUUUCACUGUGGUGAUCAACAACGGUCUAGUAGCAGUAGCAGUAGUGGGAGAGAGUGCAAGGUCAAACAAAAGCAAACAGAGAAGUGACGUUUUUUAAGGAGCUCCAAAGUAUUAGGAGGGGGGACUAUAAAUAUUCCGUGUGAGGCAUGGAGAAAGGAAUGAAGGUAGGGAAGAAGGGAGGGAGCGCCUAACUAGUUUGAGGAGGAAGAAUCGGCUUUGCUCUGUGCAAUUGCCAGAAGUUCCGAAUAUUCACCGCUACGCUCGCACAUCUGCUGGAACAGUCCAC